UGCGAGUAACGAACAGAUGCGAGUAACGAAAUGAAUUUGUGAGUACCGAAUCGGUACUUCGAGUCAACCGAUGUACCCGUUACUCAGUAACGAAUACAUGCGGUUUGCUCCAGCUCUAGUAAACGUUCGUGGAAGUGUUAUACUGAGUUUGAAAAGUUAUCAUCAUGAAUGCUGAAAGAAAACAUAUGAAGUUUCCAUACACUUACUGCGGUAAAAUUGUUCAAUUCCCAUACAAGUGGUAUUGGAAUAAUUUUUGGUUGCCUAGAUUUUUGGUAGCAGGAAUGAUUGUGUCUUUCCCUUUCUUUCAUUUCAUCCACAAGAAAGUUAAUACUCCUGAAAAUAAAGCUUUUUGGGCUGAAAAGCACAGACAAGAGAGACAGUAUCACUAUCACUGAGUUCUUAGUAUCUGUGUUGCCACAUUGAUACAGUAUGUUCAUGUGCAUUAGUUCAAGAUUUAAAUGUACUAUAAGCUAGGAAUUUCAAGAAUAAUAAAUUUAUUAUAAAUACAGA